UUAUACUUGCAGGUCAUGGAAGAAUUGAUCCAGAAAUUCCUUUUUGCAUUGUGUGGGUGUUGCGCACUUCUUUUCUGCAUUGUUGUGUUCCUGUGCAUCACCGUGAGGCGAAUCCGUCGGGACCUGAAUGAACUCGCAAGAAAUGGAAACAUUUACGCUGAACCCAUAAGAGGUGGCAUGGAAGAGGGAGGAAUCAAAGGUAAGACUGACAUGAAAAGGUUGAGCUCGUCCGCAACCCGUUACACUGUGGAACCAGGCCAACCAAAGCCAGCAAACAGGAGGUCUGCGAUACAUUCAGAACCGGAUGAAACUAUCACAUACCUUACCAGGCCUGGUGAAGAGACUGCAGCUCAGAACGAUGGCUCGACUACCGAGACUAUUGCCUUGGGAUACGUCAAUCAAGCUUUCCAAUCAGGUGCUAAUGCCGACCAAGGAUGCACCUCCACCGGCAGCGAUGGUGUAUUCGAGAACGACCAACCAAUUUAUAGCAACGAUGGCAAUGAACAAGAGAGUUGCGAAAAUGGGGCAGUGAACGAGCCAAUAUACGGGAACUGGGGCGAUAUGGCGGAUUUGAAUAACCCUGAACUGCCCCACAGAUCAUACACUAUGGAUAUUGGUGAACUUAGAUGAGAAGAAUGUCUUACUAAGAAUUGCCGAAGAGAAUAAAUGGCUUUAAUACAAACCUGAACCGAAUGAAGCCAUGCUUGGAAUUCUUGCCCAUUAUACUUAACCAUACUGAGGCUGACACUUCCGCUGCUAAUUCAGAAACGAUGCAAUCAAUGAUUGAAAAACUGACUUAUUAUCGCGACAAAAGUUUGGAACCAACUUAUUUUUAGGUGACACCUUUCUUCUGUGCCAGAAAUGUGUUCGUUUUUGUUUUAUGGGUCAUGGACAAUGUAACAAAUGUCAUAAUUCGUUUUUGCAGGCUAAAUAAACAAAUAAAGUAUUGUUUGUUAGUUUUUUGUA